UAUGCCCAGAUCCUGUCUAGGAAUUUUAAUGGAGGCCCCAGGUGUUUCCAGUGCUGCAUGCCCAGGGGAUUUUCACAGGGUCCUGGUGCCCUGAGUUAAUUUCUGUGGCCUACAGAUCCAUGCAUUUCCUCCCCAAACAAUGUGAGCACCUACUGUGCGCAGCGCACAACAGUACAGUCCUAGAAGAAAGGAUACCAAUCCUUGCCGUCUUGGAGCUGAUCUUGUAGCCAGGGACAUGGGCAGGGCACAAAGUGAAGAGGUGAAACACCCAACACACCUCAUGGUGACAGGGUGAAAACUGAAGUUGAGGAGGAGACAUUGGCAAGUGAGAGAGCAGGUGGCCUUUGGGCAAAGACCUAAGAACUGAGAGAACAGAUCAUGCAGAGCUCUAAGAAAAGGUGGCCCUGGCAGAGGGCAUAGCUGUGCAAAGGUCCUGGGGCAGCAGGAAGCCAGGUGCUAAGGAGCAGCCAGGAGGCCCAUGUGGCUGGAGUAGAGGGAGAGAGGGACAGAGGGGGAGGGGAGGUGGCUGGUCAUGCAGGGCCCUGUGGGCUGCAAGGAGGACGUGGAUUUUUCCUUUGAGGAAAGUGGGAGCCAUAGAGGGUUGUGGGCAGUGGAGGAACUGGGACUCACUAUAGCAGUCUAACCUUCCCGCCCCAUCUUCAGGUUGUUGUAAACAUUAAAUGAUCACCUAGCCUGGGGCACCACAGGGGCCAGCGCUUAUUUGUGAUCCUUGUUAUUCUUAGGUCCACAGCGCAGGCCCCAACAGACUCCAGGCGUCCCUGGGGAGGGCGCAGCUGGCCUGGCAGGGCCUGGACACCUGGGGCCCGCGCCCCUCUCCGCACUGCGGUGUCACCUUCCUGGGCGGCUCAGGUUCCCGGAUCCCCUUACCCGGCGGCUCGGCUGUCGCGUCCGGAGCCGGAGGAGGGGAGGCUGCAGGAAGCGGCGGAUCCGGCAGCAGCAGCGGAGGCGACCCGGGUGGGUGCCGAGUUCCCGCCAUGGAGAGCGAAGCGCGCCCCGCGCGCGCCCCCGCCUAGUUUUCCGCACGCAGCUGGCGCACGGAAGCCCCACGGGUAAGAUCGAGGGCUUCACCAACGUUCGGGAGCUCUACGCCAAGAUCGCCGAGGCCUUCGGGAUCGCGCCCACCGAGAUCUUAUUCUGUACCCUAAACAGCCACAAAGUGGACAUGCAGAAGCUGCUGGGGGGACAGAUAGGGCUGGAGGAUUUCAUCUUCGCCCACGUGCGCGGUGAGACAAAGGAGGUGGAGGUCACCAAGACUGAGGACGCGCUGGGGCUGACCAUCACAGACAACGGGGCCGGCUAUGCCUUCAUCAAGAGGAUCAAGGAAGGCAGCAUCAUCAAUCGCAUCGAGACCGUGUGCGUGGGAGACAGCAUCGAGGCCAUCAACGACCACUCCAUCGUCGGGUGCCGCCACUACGAGGUGGCCAAGAUGCUCCGGGAGCUCCCCAAGUCCCAGCCCUUCACCCUGCGCCUGGUGCAGCCUAAGAGGGCUUUCGAUAUGAUUGGCCAGCGGAGCCGGAGCAGCAAAUACCCUGUGGAAGCGAAGGUGACCAGUGGGAAGGAAACCCUGAGGCUGCGUUCUGGGGGUGCUGCCACCGUGGAGGAAGUGCCCAGUGAGUUUGAGGAGGAGGCGUCCCGGAAGGUGGACGACCUGCUGGAGAGCUACAUGGGCAUCCGAGACCCUGAGCUGGCCUCCACCAUGGUAGAGACUUCCAAGAAGACGGCCAGCGUCCAGGAGUUUGCGAGUUGUUUAGACUCCGUCUUAGGCGAGUUCGCCUUCCCAGACGAGUUUGUGGUGGAGGUGUGGGCCGCCAUCGGCGAGGCCAGGGAGGCCUGUGGCUAGUGUGUCCUGGAAGCCAGCGUAGCCCCAGCCCAGAGCCCAGCACCCCACCCCAGCCCUGCUCCAGUGCCCGGCCCCGGCCGAGCUCUGAGGCCAGGUUCGCCUCCAGAAGCCAGCCCAGUUUGGAAAUCCCACCCAGCUCCUCUAGACCACAGCCCUGUUCGGACAGCAAGCCAGGGGCCGAGGCCAAGCCCUGCUCCAGAUCCCAGCCAGGCUUCAAGACCAAACUCAGCCCUGAGACCA